CCCCCCUCCCGCGGGACACGCGCCCCCUCGCCGCCUCGCGCGCCCCGGACCCUAGGCGCCGGAACCGGAGAGCGCGGGUGCGGCCUGGGGAGCGGCGGGCGGACUGAAGGAGCCCAGCCGCCCGCCGCCCGGACGCCCAGGUCCGCGUCCCCGCCCCCGCCCCGGGCCCGGCCUCGGCCUCGGCGGAUGGUGGAUGGCCGGGCGGCGGCGGCGCCAUGCGGCUCCUGUUCCUGGCGGUCCUCCGGCAGCACACGGGCAACGCCAUCACGGCCCAGCGUGUCCGGGACCAUCUAGAAGCUGCAGGUCACGUGUGUAUUCUGAAAGAUGCCUUUGACUUUGAAAGCCCAUCUGAAAUCUCAAACUUCAUCAAAGCUGAGAACUUGGAGGCAGCUGUGGCUCUUCAUCUCUAUAGAGGAGGCAGACUUUUACAAGGUCGUGGAAUUCCUUUUGGAAUCAUCUUUGGUGGAACUGAUUUAAAUGAAGAUGUUAACCAGGGAGAGAAAAACAAAGUGAUGGGAAAAGUCCUUGAAGAAGCCAGGUUUGCUGUCGCUUUCACGGAGUCAAUGAAGGAAACGGCACAAAGGCAGUGGCCUCAUGCUAAGGAUAAGAUCUACGUCCAGAGUCAAGGAAUUGCAACAGUGCCGAACACCACCUUUAACUGGAACACCUUUCUUCAGCGUUCAGAGAUUAACCAAAGUGCUGACAACCUACACGUGUUUCUCCUGAUCUGUGGACUCAGGCAAGUGAAAGACCCUCUCUACCUGGUGGAUGCGUUCUCAGAAUGGCAUCAGGAAGAGCCCAACGUUUACAUGGUUAUUGUCGGUCCUGAAGUUGAUCCAGUGUUCACAAGGGAAGUAAAAGCCAAAGUAAAGAGGACUGCUGGGGUGCGGUUGAUUGGGGAGAUGGCUCAGGAAGACCUCCACGCGGUCGUGAAGAAUUGCUUCGCAGUGGUGAAUAGCUCUGUCUCGGAAGGCAUGUCAGCCGCAAUCCUGGAGGCAAUGGAUUUGGAAGUCCCCGUGUUGGCGAGAAACAUCCCUGGGAACGCCGCGGUGGUGAAGCACGAAGUUACAGGAUUGCUGUUUUCUGACCCUCAGGAGUUUGUUCAGCUGGCAAAGAGACUGGUGAGCGAUCCAGAGUUAGAAAAAAAAAUGGUGGCCAAUGGAAGGGAGUACGUGAGAAUGCAUCAUUCGUGGCAGGUGGAAAGAAACACCUAUGGGCACCUGGUCAGGACACUGGAGGGAAGAACUGAAGAUUAAGGGAGCAUGCCUGCUGCCAUGAGACGCUCAGCCCUGGGCGGAUACCCAGGAACAGGGCUCUGGGCAGCGAGACCGUCCAGCAUAAACCAAGCCCAGUUCAUUGGAAUCAUAGAUUUAUCAGUCAUAAGACGAUUCAUCCAAAACGUCUCUGUGCUUCCAGGUAACAGCCCAGAUGUGUUUCCAGUCAGUCCUAGUGGAGAUGCAGUACUAAUUGGGGCGGGGUAACUAGUUUUAAGGGGAAUCAGGGAGAGAGUUGAAUUAGCUGCUUUAGAACUUCCUAGAGACAGUAGGGGCUUGUUUGUUAGCCGUCCCAAGGUAGGCACUUCUCCCCUGUCUUCUGAUUGACCUGACCCAUCACUGUCUGUUCCAAGAGCAAAAAUUAGACAUGGCUGAGAGGGGUCCUGGCAGUGAUUAUAAUGUGGUAAAGACUCAACAGCAAAUCUGGGGCCCCAACAGAUGUGUGGCUGGGCCCCCAGGCUCUGCACAUUUGCUUCUCUAAACACUGGAAACAGUGCUGUGCUUGAGGUGACACGAUCAGUCAUGUAACUGAUAGCGGGGAGCUCUCUAGAUAAGCAGGCAGACCCCGCCCCUUGCCUCCGGCCACCUCCCUCCCCCCCGCCCAGUAGGCUCCACCUACCCCCCUGGUUGAUUUUGGGUUGAAAACCGUUUGGAACAGGGCCACAUUGCCCAUGACCUGGAAGAUACUGAAGCCUGGAUCUUUGGGUUCAGGAUCAGUGAUCCAGCAUCAGGGACCCAGCGUCAGUGAUUCAGCAUGAGGGACCCAGCAUCAGUGAUCCAGCAUCAGUGGUCCAGCAUCAGUGAUCCAGCAUCAGUGGCCCAGCAUCAGGGAUCCAGCAUCAGGGACCCAGCAUCAGGAACCCAGCAUCAGUGGUCCAGCAUCACGGACCUAGCAUCAGUGAUCCAGCAUCAGUGGUCCAGAAUUAGUGAUCCAGCAUCAGUGAUCCAGUAUCAGGAACCCAGCAUCAGUGGUCCAGCAUCAGGGAUCCAGCAUCAGGGACCCAGCAUCAGGAACCCAGCAUCAGUGAUCAGAAUCAGUGAUCCAGCAUCAGGAACCCAGCAUCAGUGAUCCAGUAUCAGGGACCCAGCAUCAGUGGUCCAGCAUCAGUGGUCCAGCAUCAGUGAUCCAGCAUCAGGGACCUGGGGAUGAGUGUCAAUCUGGUCACCAGCUUCCAGCCCAUCGCAGGACCAGCACUUGGGUCCCUGUGAUCUUAUCCACCACGAGGUGAGUUUAACCAAGUGUUGCCAUCACUGUAAUGACGUCCUGACCAUACUGGUGCUGCAUCCUCCAAACUCCGUGUUUGUUUUCCUUGGUGGCGGUAUUUGCCUCUGUUGGAUCCUGAAAUCCCUGCUUUCCAGUGGACAUUCUGUAUCAACAACUGGGGGUGAAAUGCUCCGUUUCUCACGUGAGGUGGGAAGCAGUGGGGUCCAGAAGGAGGAGAUGAGCCCAUCAGAGGAGUUGUUUCUUUGGUGUUCGAUGCCAGCAGAGCAUGCAGAGGAGAGGAAGGACCCACAUCAUCUUUGCCUCAAAUUUCACUACAUUUUGGACUUUUUCCUUUCCAACCAUCCUAUUUUGGUAAACAGCCAAACCUACAUCUUGUUUUUAGAAGAGUAAGCCUCAGACUAAACAAACUCUGAUGACGUGGGGAUGAGAACAGCACAUUUACAGGUUCUGUACUGUGUGAUUUCCUGUUUCAUUCUACGCCUCAAUCUCAGAACAGGGUCCCUUCCCAAAGGCUGUUACUUGGAACCUGCAGGUGCUCCUCAGGCCCAGGAUUUGCUUUCCUGCUAACAAUAUCCCUCCCCAUCCUCCCUUUUCUGGCAUCUGAGGGUCAGUAGGGUCAGGGCUCCCCUGUGGCCAUAGCGAAGAGAGGGAGGGAGAAACAGAGUCCAAACUCCUAGUGGACAGCUCCAUCUGAGCCUGGAAUCAGCAAUGCCAACCUAAGAAAAGGCUAUGUUGUCCUGGGUACCGAUGAGUGAUGCUGCUGUUGGUAAAAUGCUGGUCAUCGGGAAGCUCCGCUCAUCCUGGUUGAUUGACAUUGUACAUACUGGGCUCCACUGAACCUCAGCAUUGUUCAUUCAUGUCUUUUUAGAAACACGCACACAUGCCGCAUGCCCUUUGGGGAAGGGCAUGUUUUUAAAUGAAUAAAAUGUCACCAUCCGCCGUACAG